AUGGCAACCGGAUUCCACAGUGAGCCCUGGAACAGCCAAGGGCUGAGACACCAAGUCCCCAGUGAGUCACAGCUGAGACUUGUCCUGGUGGGCAAGACAGGAGCAGGGAAAAGUGCAACGGGGAACAGCAUCCUGGGAGAGAAGGUGUUUGAGUCCAACCUUUCAGCAAAAGCUGUCACCAAGGUCUGUGAGAAAGGCACCUGCAAAUGGAACAGGAGAGAAGUGGUGGUGGUGGACACGCCGGGCAUUUUUGAUCCCGAGGUCAGGGACACAGAGACCAGCAGGGAGAUUGCCCGCUGCCUUGUCCUGACCUGCCCGGGGCCUCACGCUCUGCUCCUGGUGGUCCCGCUGGGCCGCUACACCCAGGAAGAGCAGAAAGCUACCGAAAAGAUGCUGAAGCUGUUUGGAAAUAAAGUUCUGAAGUACAUGAUCCUCCUGUUCACACGAAAAGAUUACCUGGAAGGCACGGCAUUCCAAGAUUAUCUAACGACAGCUCCACAGGGCAUUCGAGAGCUGAUGUGCAAGUUUGGUGACCGCUACUGUGUGUUCAGCAACAGGGCCACGGGAGCUGAGCAGGAGGCCCAGAGGGCGCAGCUGAUGGCCCUGGUCCAGCGGGUGGUGAUGGGGAACGGGGGAGGAUGCUACACCAAUGAGAUGUACUGGUGGGCUGAGGAGGAGAUUCAAAGACAGACCCAGGAGAGACAGGUGUACUACAGAGCAGAGCUGGAGAGAGAGAAAGCACAGAUCAGAGAGCAGUACGAGGAGAAAAUCCGAAGGCUGGAGAAUAAAGUGGAACAGCUAGAGAGAAGGGCACAGAUGGAGAGGGAACUCGCAGUCAGAGAGACGCACUGUAGUCUCCUGCAGAAAAACGCCAGACAGGAGGUGGAGAGCCAGAGUGGGUUCCUUGACUAUCUAUUGAAAGUGCUAGAGAUUACUUCUUGGUUUUUCAUACGUCUGUUUGAUGAAGACUAAACCUAAUCAAUUAUCUCUUCCUUUCUGCAUGUUUGAGGGCUGCCCCUGCUUCCUAGAACUCAGCCUAAGACAGAGAAAAGCUCUUCCUCUCUGCCUCUCAGACUAAUUAGAAUGGUUAAGCGUGUUGACAAUGGCUAAUAGCUCAAUGAUUCUAACAAAAUAGGCGUGACUUCCCCACUGGUGAAUCUCCAAAGCAGAAAAUAUUAUUCACUAACCUUAACUUCUGAAUUCUUUCUCAAACCCACAGGGAAAGACAAAGCAUGAAGACAAACAAUGUCUCUCUAAGUUCUGUGGUUUGCCUUAGUGAAGGCUUCAUCUGUCCGUUUUAUGUUAUCUAGACUAACAGAUACAUCGCUUGCAGACUCUUGUAUCGCUUUUACCUUUGUACCACAGAAAUCAUCUAAGUAGUAGAUGCUGACAGGAUCCACUCUUGGUGAACGUGAAUUUGUUUGAAGACUUUUACUGAGACUCAUAUUUCUCCUGACACAUGUCCAUUAAAAAGCUUUGUAACAUAGAAAGCUCUAUUGUUAUUCUCAUAGCAUAUUAGAAAAUUAAUUUGUGAUGGUGUUUAUUCAGUCAGACAUUGUCGUCAAAGUGUAUCAGCUUUUGUACACACAAACGGUGGAUUAUAUUGUGUGUAAAGUAUACUUUCUUAGGAGAAAGCUGUAGUGAAGAAAUGUUAUAAAGCAAUGGGCUCUCUCAUAACAAACACAUAGAUGUGAAACCACACAGAGUGAAGAAAUAGAUCCUGCAGAGAAGAGAACAAUGUUCACCAUAUUCAGAUACUUCUGAGGGGUUGGGCAGUGG